AUAAAUGGUAAAGAUAAACUUAGUGUUAUUUAUGGAACCAUUUUCCCGCUAAAAGCAGAGAAUCGCAUUUCUAGAAACUUCUACCGCCCUCCUCCGCUGCCGUAGCAAUGUCGAAGAAAAGAGGUUUGUCUUUGGAAGAGAAGCGAGAGAAGAUGCUUCAAAUCUUUUACGAAUCACAAGACUUCUACCUGCUUAAGGAGCUUGAGAAGAUGGGCCCUAAGAAGGGUGUCAUUUCUCAGUCUGUGAAAGAUGUUGUCCAAAGCUUGGUGGAUGAUGACCUUGUUUCCAAAGAUAAGAUAGGAACUUCUGUAUACUUCUGGAGUCUUCCUAGCUGUGCUGGAAAUCAGCUUAGGAAUGUGCGUCAAAAACUUGAUUCUGAUCUGCAAAGCAGUGGGAAGCGGCAUGCCCAACUUGUUGAACAAUGUGAAGCACUAAAGAAAGGGCGCGAGGAAUCUGAUGAACGAGAGGCGGCCCUAGCAGAUUUAAAAGCCAUUGAGCUGAAGCAUAAGGAAUUGAAGAGUGAGUUGGAAAAUUAUAGAGAUAAUGAUCCGGCUGCCUUUGAAGCAAUGAAGGAAGCAAUUGAAGUUGCUCAUACAUCAGCUAACAGAUGGACAGACAAUAUUUUCACUCUGAAGCAAUGGUGUUCAAACAACUUCCCUCAGGCUAAGGAACAACUGGAAAACAUGUACAAGGAGAUUGGUAUAACAGACGAUUUCGACUAUUUGGAGAUGGCACCUCUACCAUCCAAAGCAGUAGCUGAAUGAAUAUUACUUGGCCGAUCUGAAAGCCCAAUCCCCUGGUCGUCGUGUUUCUCUCAAACACUGACAACUAAAAUUUAAACUUGGUAGGAGUAUUUUGCUUAUGACAUCCACUUCUGUAGAGAAAUGACUUGUACUUUUCUCUCUAGCUGUCAUAAUCAGGAUUAGGUUUUGAAAAUAUGUAUAUAUAAAGAUUAUCCUUUUCUGCUUCUUUAUUUGCUAGUAUUUUAACUAAGGUAAGUAUUCCUGGCUGCGCAUCAUGAAUAAGUGAUGUUGUUAUGGUAAUUUUUCUCUUCCUUUUUCUCCAAA